AUGUCAAAACAACCAGCAUCACAUGUCAAAGCCAUUCAGGCUAAUAUUAACAUCCCAAUGGGAGCAUUUCGACCUGGUGCAGGCCACCCUCAUAUAAGAAAAGAAGUUACACCUGAAGAAGUGGAGGAGAAUGCUCCUGCUUCAACAGAGGAGGAGAAAGAGAAGAAACUGCUCCCAGGAGCUAAGAAACUUCCAGGUCCUGCUGUCAACUUGUCAGAGAUUCAGAACAUAAAGAGUGAGCUGAAAUAUGUCCCCAAAGUUGAACAGUAGCUGGAAGAAUCAGGUCUGACAAGUGAAACUGAAUGGAUUCCAAUGAAUGGAGAAAAUUUCAAAUAUUUUAUAUAUUUGUAUGAAGACUAUGAACUUCCCAACUCUUCAAUAC